AUCAGUUCUCGCCACAACCAAAGGAACCCUCUCUGCUCACGCCAUCGCCAAAGUCGCUUUUUACUCUCUAAACUGCCUUCCCUUCUCUUCUUGCUCAAUUCUAUUCCAAAGAACACAACCACACAUGUUCUGCACUUCACAAUCACACUCUUUGACGGUUUCAUACCUCAUCAAUAACCUUGGCUUCACCCCACAAUCUGCUCUAAACGCAUCAAAACGGCAUCGUUUCAAGACCCCACACAAGGCAGACUUAAUCAUCGCAUUCUUCAAGACCCAUGGAUUCUCCCAUUCCCAAAUCGCUUCCAUUGUUGCUAAGCUACCUAAGAUACUUUCAGCCAAUCCGGAAAGAAUCCUGCCAAAGUUUCAAUUUCUGGCCUCCAAAGGUGCUUCCACCGAUGACAUUGUUCUGCUAGCCACUAGGAACCCUAGAUUCUUGCAUUCGAGCCUCAAGAACAACAUAAUCCCUACUUAUGGAAUGAUGAACACCUUCUUUGAAUCCGAUCAGAAAACGCUCCGUUGCAUUGCUUCUUUCCCUGCUUUGUUCAUGGAGCCUCGCUUGCCAAAAAAUGUCAAGUUGUUGGCUGAUGCAGGAGUAUCUAACUCCGCAAUCCGCCAUUUGUAUCGUACCAGAGUGUCCGUGCUCUUUUCUUCUGAUUUGAGGAAGCCUGUGGAUGAAGUAAAGGAAUUAGGGUUUGAUCCGUCAUCGGUUAAAUUCGCCAUAGCUUUGCUAGCCAAGAAGACUAUACGGAAAUCACUGUGGGAUGCGAAAGUCGAUAUCUUGAAGAGCUGGGGUUGGUCUAAAGAAACAACGUCCCAAGCAUUCAGGAGGAACCCUUUAUGUAUGCUAUCAUCUAAGGAUAAGAUUAAUGAGGUGAUGAAACUUUGGGUCAAUCAAUUAGGUUGGGACCCUUUGAGUCUUGCCAAGAUUCCAUGGCUUUUUGGAUAUAAUUUGGAGAGAAGGAUUAUUCCAAGGGCUUUUGUUCUCCAGUAUUUACUUUCAAGAGGUCUGAGAAACAAGAAUGAUGAUUUAAGUACCCCAUUUUAUGUUUCUGAAGAGUUGUUCUUUAACAAGUUUGUGGAAUGUUUUACCAAGGAAAGGUCUCAACUACGUAAGAUAUACUAUGAGAAAAAAGGAUGUUCAUGAUAAUAGGCAAUGAGAUCUAUGGCAUUUUUCCUUUAUCAAGUAUCAACUAGUUUUAAACCUUAUUCUUUUUUCUUCAUCCAUUGUUAACUCUCCCUCUGUCUAAAUUGUGACUAAUUUGACCGAUAUGGUUUAUUUAUUUCCGCCGCAUUUCAUUGCUUGUUGAUUGUUGUCAUUCUUCAAUUCCCUUCAUAGUCAUGAUGUGUAUCAACUACUUGGUGUUUAAUAAAUGAUUGAUGCAUAAGUACAAAUUCUUAACAUGGACUGAUAGGCUGACACACAACUUUGGUGCAUCGCCUGAAAUUUGUAGAUACAAAUACAAGUAGGUGGGAGUAAAAAUCAGAGAAGAAACAGUAAAAUGGAGAGAAGAGAGAUAGAGACAUAAGUGAGAUGUUGAUGGGUGGUUUAACUAGGAUUUGUUCACAUAGUUUCUGAUUUCUCUUGUUUGUUUGUAACCUAGCUGAUAUGUGGAUGCUGCUGUUGCUGCUGCCUUCCCUUGCAAUAUUAUCUUCCAAUUUUCAUAUUAGUGAUAUCUCAUUGAAAGGAUCUAGUACUUGGUUCUACUCAAAUCUCUAUUUUAGGUGUAGAUAAGUUCAUUGAGCUUAGAUAUGACUAUGAGUCAUGUAUUGAUGACCAAGUGAAAGCAAAGUUUGAUUGAUUGAAUAAUUGUUCAUUCAUCAUCAUAUGUUUACCUAUAUAUGGUGUGAGUCACGACAGCUUCUGGGCACAGCAUAAGCAUGGUAGUUCAGGUAGCAGCCUCGCAGUCUACUUACUACUUGCUUGAGAUGGAUAACUGUAUAUGAGAUAAAUACAGAUCAGGAUCUUUCUUCUGAUUUUCUGUUUUGAGUUCCUUUACUAGACUUGUAAUUUUUUAUAAAGAAGAAACUUAGCUUGCUUUUCCCUUUGGAUCUGUUCUGUGUUUUUUAGGUCAAUUUGGUAUUCCCAAUCCAUCUAGUAGAACAAGAUUUAAUUGUUGUUUUUAUUCAUUCUCUAACACUCUUUAGUAAAUAUUUUUAUCUACGAGGAAGAUGCUUCUCCGUGAUUCAAGGGAAA